AUGUCUACUGAGAGACCUCCGCGUGGUGGUAGAGGGAGGGGGUCUGUAAAUCAUGGUACAAGAGGACGAGGGAGGGCUGAUCUACCCAAUACCCUCCAACCCACCCCUACCUCUACUGCUGUCCAUGAUGAUGCCCCUACUUCCAGGGUUUUGAUUAGAUGGGACUCUGGAUGUACCACUAUCCUUGUCCAAUUCCUCGAUACCCACCCUGCCCACUGCCGCAUACUACCUAACGAAUCAAAGAAGGCACACAAUCCUACCAUCAAUGAGCCCUCUCCUUCUGGCAACAAGAGCAAAAUAUGGGUGGAUAUCGCUCAACAGGUGUUUGAGAAUGAUGCAGAGUAUGGGAGUAUGUACGCUGAGGAGAAGAAUAAAUUCACACAGGCGGUGGGCAACCGCCUUUCCUAUCUUAGGACAAAAUAUAAAAAGUAUUGCAGCCGCUUCAGGCAGACUGGGGCUGGUGUUAACCCCCUGGAUGCUAGCAGUGCAAAAAACUUGCGAGAGCAAGUCUUGCAGGAGUUCCCAUGGUUCGACGUGCUAGAUGGUCUCUGGAAAGAUAACACGGCAUACACACCAACUACGAUUUCAUCCGCACUGAGGAUAGACCAUGCAAGUGGCAUGGUCGCCCUUACCGCUGGGAAAGGCAAGGGCCAACAAACUAUGCCCCCCCCCCCCCCCUCCUGUUCCUUCUCACAUUGA